GCUGUCUUUUGUCAUGUAGCCUAGCCACACAAUCUCUACCGGUUCCGGUUUAAAGGGUUUUGUUUGCCAGGGCUGAUCAUUUCUACUUUUUCUUUAUACACCAGCAGCACAGAAAUUCAAGUAACGUGACCGGAUUAAUAAUUUCUAUCACGGAUUUCCCUCACAGCAGUUAUUUAUCUCGCCUCGUGAGGUGUUACACACGGUAAAGGAAUGGGUCAGACUGUGAUUUUCACGUUUAACGCGACAAUGCUGCUUUGAAUGUCCCUUGAAACGUUUGUCGAGGACGAAGAGGUCGGAAGGCGUAUGUAACCUCAAGAAAAGGGAACCGAUUUGGUAAAGGCUUGACUAUGGGCUGUGUCAAGAGUAAAGAGGACAAGGGUCCCACCCAGAAGUACCGACCAGAUCCCACCAAUCCCACCCCUGGUUCACACAUGGGUCUCUACGGACCAGACCCCACCCAGAUAGGCCAGUCACCGGCCCUCAAGGGCCCCACCAACAGCUACAACAGCCGCUCAUCCGGGCUCACCCCGUUUGGUGGCUCCUCGUCUGUUAUCACACCCUUUGGAGGAGCCUCAUCGUCGUCCUUCGCCACUGUUGCUGUGAGCAACCCCUUCCCUGGUGCCGUCACAGGUGGUGUAACUUUCUUCGUGGCCUUAUAUGAUUAUGAAGCCAGGACAGAAGAUGACCUCUCCUUCAAGAAGGGCGAUAGAUUUCAGAUCAUCAACAACACAGAGGGCGACUGGUGGGAGGCUCGUUCCAUCAACACGGGGCAGAAGGGCUACAUUCCCAGCAAUUAUGUGGCCCCUGCCGACUCCAUCCAAGCGGAAGAAUGGUACUUUGGAAAAAUGGGUCGUAAAGAUGCUGAGCGACUGCUUUUGGUUCCCGGAAACCAGCGAGGGACUUUCUUGGUCCGAGAAAGUGAGACCACUAAAGGAGCUUAUUCUCUCUCGAUACGAGACUGGGAUGAGAUGAAAGGAGACAACGUGAAACACUACAAAAUCCGAAAGCUUGACAACGGAGGUUAUUACAUCACCACCAGAGCACAGUUUGAGACUCUGCAGAAACUGGUGAAGCAUUACACAGAGCAUGCAGACGGGCUAUGUUACCGUCUGACCGCAGUGUGCCCUACAGUAAAGCCCCAAACGCAGGGUCUAGCUAAAGAUGCAUGGGAAAUCCCACGAGAGUCACUACGCCUGGAGCUCAAACUGGGUCAGGGCUGCUUCGGAGAAGUCUGGAUGGGUACUUGGAAUGGCACAACUAAAGUAGCUAUUAAGACUCUGAAGCCAGGCACCAUGUCUCCCGAAGCCUUCCUGCAGGAGGCACAGAUCAUGAAGAAACUUAGACACGACAAGCUUGUGCCCCUAUAUGCUGUUGUGUCCGAAGAGCCAAUUUACAUUGUUACAGAGUUCAUGGGCAAAGGGAGUUUACUGGACUUCUUGAAGGAAGGCGAGGGCAGGCAUCUCAAGCUGCCCCAGCUGGUAGACAUGGCCGCUCAGAUUGCAGAUGGCAUGGCUUUCAUUGAGAGGAUGAACUACAUCCACAGAGAUCUGAGGGCUGCUAACAUCCUGGUGGGCGACAAUCUGGUCUGCAAGAUCGCUGACUUUGGACUGGCCAGACUGAUCGAGGACAACGAAUACACUGCUAGACAAGGAGCCAAGUUUCCCAUUAAGUGGACUGCACCAGAGGCGGCUCUGUAUGGCCGAUUCACUAUCAAAUCUGAUGUCUGGUCCUUCGGUAUUCUGCUGACUGAGCUGGUGACUAAGGGCAGAGUGCCAUAUCCAGGCAUGGUAAACCGAGAGGUGUUGGAGCAGGUGGAGCGGGGCUACAGGAUGCCCUGUCCUCAGGGCUGCCCGGAGUCGCUGCACGAACUGAUGCGGCUCUGCUGGAAGAAGGAGCCGGACGAGCGGCCCACAUUCGAGUACAUCCAGUCCUUCCUGGAGGACUACUUCACCGCCACUGAGCCACAGUACCAGCCCGGAGACAACCUGUAGGAGCGCUACAGGACCCAGAGACUUGCCAUCGAGACGGUUUUCGAACUCAUCGUGCCACCUCCUCCCUUCAGCUCCCCGCACACUCGCCUUUCAAAAAAAAUUUAAUGAUUCUUUUUCCACCACCCGAUCAAACUGAAUUAGAGCGUAAAAGUGAGGGGAUGUGGUGUUUUAUAGCAUGAUUUCUUUUUAUUUUGUUUUUUAUGUACCCGAGUAUAAGUGUGUGUUGUGGAGUUGAUGAUGAAGGCGGUGUAUGAGAGGUUUUGGAGUGGGACCACAUCAUGCCCCCAGAACUCUGUGAGGACGUAAUAGCCUGCAACUGCAGAGAGAGGGCGCUGUGAGCUCGGUGCGGAUGGCUCGCCAUUGCACAACGUUAGCUUUUUGUUUUUAUUUUUUGUUCCCAUUUACUUGUAUUCUUUUUCACAUGAACACUAAAUCCUCUUGUAAAAUCAAAUUCUUAAUGUUUUCCUUUCCCUUUGCUGUUCGUUUUUUAGUAGUUCGAGUAGUUUAUUAAAAGUGACCAAUAACUGUGGUUGAAUCAGUUGGCGCUAAUACAGAAACUUAGUGCUAUUGCUGGGACAGAACUGAGGAAGUCAGAAAGAAAGAAAGAAAGCGAGAGAGACAGAGAGAGAGAGAGAGCAUGGGGACAUUAGCUUUUCUAAAUGUAUGAGAGCUUGACUUGUGUGAAAACAUUUGAUUUCAUGAUCAAUUACGAUUUCUUUUAUUGCAAAUCAUAAAUCUAAUUUCAUUCAUUUUCGAUCAAUCUGAAAACUUGAAAUCAUAUCUUGGGAGAUGAUUCAUAUUUUAAGGGUUUCUAUCACGGUUUACAAACUAUUAUGAUGACCUAUUGCCGUUUUAACCAGCUGCUAAUUUUCUGGUAAAAGUCAAACUUAGUGCAAACACAUUAUUUUUCUUAAAUUAUUUACCAGAGACCAUUAAGAAACACUAAACCUCUUCAGUUUAGCCAUCAUUUCUUAUGCCACCAGUUUAACACUUAGUGGCAGAGUUUAUUUUUUUACAUGCAUACGCAUCUAAACUGCCAUGUUUGUUGCCCACAUCAAGGUACAAAUUUGUAUGCGCAAAUAAAUAUAGUUUAUUUCACAUGUUAUUUCUUUAUAAACGUGCUGUUUGGAGAUUAUCAUCGUUCCUUCAUCCUGACAUCCGAAUGUGAACUUGCUAACACGGUUGAAUGCGGAUCCAUUAGUUGUGUCAUCAGAUGUCAACUUUUUCUUUUUGUCAUGAUCACUGUGAAAUAUUCAGGUACUGCAGAUUUAGACCAUUUACCAACCAAAGUUUUAAUAUAUGCCUUUCCAACCUGAAAGCAAAAAGCUUUACAGUAAAUAGCGUCACCAACACUGCAUAUUACUGUUUGAUGGUCUCUUUGAUCUGUUUACUUAAAGAUGAAAUGGUACAUGUUUAAUACAGUGAGCUAAACACCACCGUGCAGCAGUACAGUAUUACACUAUUAAAUGGGUCUAUGUAUGUGUUUUUUUGUAAUUGGUUUAUUUUAUCCAUAACAACAAAUGCUUGGAUGGCUAAUUUGUUGUGUACGUUUUCAUUUAUAGAGAGGCCUUGCUUUUCCGUGUUUGUUAGCUCUUUGUUCCAGAGACUUUCAUCCACACUACUUCACCACCAUCUGUUUUUAAAGGGCUACGGACAAGUCUGUGCAGAACUCAUUCGUUGAUUUUGUUGUCUUGAAAAUAAAAGAGUAUGUAACUUUGAUGUAAGGUGAGGGUCUCUGAUGCAGCGUUUUAACUGAAUGAUGAGGACAUUUUUUGUGAAACAGUGGUUACGAUUACUAAUCUGAAGAAUUUGUACAGUAAAAAAUAAAAUUUUACUUAAUGCUUUUAA